UUUCAGCUAUAAAUAUCAGUACAAAUCAGCAAGGUACAUAUUCUCUACAACAAAAUUAUCAGCCCCUUUCUACAUCUCCAAAAUGGCAUUGUCGGUUCCAACACAAGCUGAAUUUUUCUAUCAAUCUAAAUAGAAUGCGAAGAUGCAUGCAUUCUUUUUAAGUGUCAUAAUAACACAAUUCAAAAUGGGCAACUGGAAAGCGACGAAGAUUCCAACAAAUGCAAUCCAUUUAGCGAGAGGAUCACUCAAUGAUGUUUUCCCAAGCAACCUUACUUGGAAUGACGUUUACAAGCGAUUUAUGCUGAUGGAGAAUCGUUUUCGUACCUUCAAGGAGGUUAUUGCUAUUUCGGAGACUUAUUGGGAUCUCAGCAUGAACGGCAUCAUCGCAGUUGAUGGGAUAUGGAAGCGGAUAUUUAAGAAAAAUGAACUUGCAAAAGCAUACUACCAUGUUGGGGAGUCAGAAUUUGACAAGCUAGCGAUUUUGGUUGCUUCGGAGAAUAUAAAAGUUGAGCACUCAAAGACUGUUGUUAUCAUUUCUGACACAACUAUUCCACUCAAAGGUGGAAAAAACAAGCGAUGUCCGGGUUGAUUCAGAUGAAGAGGAAGUGACAUCUCUACUUCCAAAUCCAAAAGGAUAGACACAUCGUAGAUUAUUUGACAAUGACCCGCAAACAACAGACAUUGAAUCAACAAAUUAAUGAUAAAGAGCCAUGGAUAAUUGAGAAGGUCUGGAAGGGGAACAGAAAAUGCCAUUACGAAAUGCAUCCGCACAAAAAAAGAAAUUUGAUCAAGCUAUGACGCCUUCGAAAGGUGGUUCCUCUUGUGUAUCGUCAAGCCCUUGUAAAUGGUUGAAGAAUCCAUUUUCCUAAUCGAUUUGAAGAAGUGCUACUUUCAUUGUUCUGAAUUAAUUGUGGUUGAUUAUGUUAAGUCAAGUUGUUUCUAGCCAUU